AUGACAAGCACAGGUGGUAGCAGCAGCCACAGCAACAAUAACAAGAGCAGCAGCAGCAGCAGCAUGACGAGCAGCUGCAGCAGCAGCAACACGACCAGCAGAAGCAGCAAGAGCAGCAGCAGUAGCAGCAGCAGCAGCAUAGCGGCAGACCAAUCGCCACGUACAGCACAUCAAGAUUCCCUCGCGGCUGAGUUCAUGCUCAGCAGCAGCAGCAGCAGCAGCAGCAGCAGCAAAGGCAGCAGCAGCAAAGGGAUCCUCAAUUGCAGAAACUGCAGCUGA